UUUUUAUUUUUGCCUUGAUGUAAUUGAAUCAUUAAUCAUUUAAUCGAUAUGCAGAUCGAUGUAUUGUUACACUGGAAAUUAAAGCGCACUAAGACAUGGGAAUCUUCCAAUGGGCUUGAACGCAGCAUGGAGCAUCCUGGGAGAGAGAGAGAGAGAGAGAGAGAGAGAGAGAGAGAGAGAGAGAGAGAGAGAUGAGCCUCAGUGAAGAGCAGCUCGCUCCUCUUUCCAACACACCACGCUCCACGUCCCUCACACUCACACACAUACGAGCCAAACAACGGGAGCAGCAUCAGCCCGAGCUGCCCGCUGCGGCCGCCGGUGUGAGCACCCACUCGCUCCUCGCCUCCCCCCCUCAGCACAAAGCAUGGAGAGAGCUGCCUGAGAGAGAACCGGAGCUGCCUUCUCUGCACAUAAAGGAGAUCCACGAGUGGAGGACUGGAGAGCUCGUCCCUGAGACCGUGGACAAUUAAUCAUCUCACACAGGAAGGGGUAAAGGCGAUUGAGAGACUCCAGUCCAGCUGCUCCUGGAGGAAGAGGAGGAGGAAGCUGCGCGUUUGGAGCCGGAGGAAACGGCCACAAGUGAUCGGAGCGCCUGCAGGCUUGUAGAUGUGCAGAAAGCACGGAGCAAGUUCAAGUCCUGGGUGCCAGACCCAGUGAUUCAACCCCAGAGAGGACACAAAGGAAGAGGCAGAAGGGUUGCCAUGGGGGUGAACCUGGGCCAGGAUAUAAGCUGGCCUUUCCUCUUAUUGCUGCUCACGAUCACAGUGUCUUCCAUCCAAAGCCAGGGAUGCCCUCAGCGCUGUGAGUGCAUGGCUAAGCUAAAGACUGUGUCCUGUAAUGGUAAACGUCUGUCAGCACUGCCAGAUGGAAUCUCACCAGACACCAAGGUUUUGGACCUUAGUGGGAAUAAACUGCGCUGGAUAGAGCAUGGCGACCUGCUUCCAUAUCCACGUCUGGAGAAGCUGGACCUGAGCGAUAACAUGAUCAGCGUUCUAGAGCCCAAUGCUUUUUCUAGUCUUCAGAACUUGCAGUCACUUUCACUGAGGGGUAACCAGCUAAAACUGGUUCCCAUGGGGGCUUUCUCACGUCUCUCCAACCUAACGUCAUUGGAUCUUAGUGGAAAUAAGAUUGUAAUUCUACUGGAUUUCACCUUCCAAGACCUGAAGAGUUUGAAAAACUUGGAAGUUGGGGACAAUGAUUUGGUUUACAUAUCAAAUAAAGCCUUUUUGGGUCUAGUGGGGCUGAGAGAGCUGACGAUUGAGAGAUGCAACCUGACUUCAGUGUCCAGCCAGUCAUUGUCUUACCUGCAUAACCUCGAGACUCUGCGUCUCCGCUACCUCAACAUUUUCUCCUUGGAUGACCAGAAUUUCCGAAAGCUGGGAAACCUGAGGGGUCUGGAGAUUGAUCACUGGCCCUUUUUGGAAUAUAUCUCCCCCCACAGCUUGCAGGGUCUUAAUUUGUCUUGGUUGUCUAUCACGCACACCAACAUCACCUCUGUGCCCACCUCUGCCCUCCGCAGUCUGGCUUACCUCACCUCCCUCAACCUGUCGUACAACCCUAUCUCUGUGUUGGAGUCCUGGGCUCUGCGGGAUCUCCUCAGGCUCAAGGAGCUGCAUUUGGUCAACACUAACCUGGCUGUAAUACAGCCUUACGCACUUGGGGGUCUCAGGCAAAUCCGUCUUCUUAAUUUUUCCAUGAACAUCUUGACAACCCUGGAGGAUGGAGCCUUUCAGUCUGUCAACACUCUGGAGACGCUGCGUUUGGACGGAAACCCUCUAGCCUGUGACUGCCGCCUGCUCUGGAUCCUUCAGCGCAGGAAGACCCUCAACUUUGACAAUGCGCCCCCAGUGUGUAUGACACCUGUUGAGGUGCAAGGACGGGCUCUUAGCGCGUUUUCUGACUCAGCUCUCUUUGAUCACUUUACCUGUCAGAAGCCCAAAAUCCGUAACAGGAAGUUACAGCAAAUAUCUGCCCGUGAAGGUCAAGUAGUAUCAUUCAUCUGCAGAGCAGAUGGUGAGCCAACACCCGUCAUUUUCUGGAUUUCUCCACAGCGGCGCCGCAUAACUACAAAAAGUAGUGGCCGACUCACUGUGUUACCAGAAGGCACACUGGAAAUACGGUAUGCCCAGGUAACCGACAGUGGAACAUACAUCUGUAUAGCCAGCAAUGCUGGUGGGAAUGACACCUACUUUGCUACCCUCACGGUAAGCGGGCUGCCAUUAGAUGCAGCCCUGAUGGCCAACCGUACCUACUACGCCGGCGACCUUAAUGACACAAAUCUGAAUGAUACCAAAGUUUUCUUGAAGUUCACUCUUGACCUGAAGACCAUCCUUAUAUCUACAGCGAUGGGUUGCAUCAUGUUCUUGGGAGUGGUCCUGUUCUGUUUCAUUCUGCUCUUUGUGUGGAGUCGAGGAAGAGGGCAGCACAAGAACAAUUUCUCAGUAGAGUAUUCUUUCAGGAAAGUGGAUGGACCCACAACCAGUGGGGGACAAGGAGGAGCACGCAAGUUCAACAUGAAAAUGAUCUGAUUGCUCUGAUAUUCUACCUUUUUUUUAUCCCAUAACUGUUUUUAUCACCCACAAGCUAAGGCACACAACAGACAAUAAAGUAGACUCUUUUUAAGACUUUUUUUGCAGGACAAGCUUUUGUUAUUGAAAGCUAACUAUAUGCAUGCAAAAGGCAUUGCUUUGACAUAUUUCCUCUGCUCAUUGAUGUGUUCACAUCAUGGUGCAGUAAAACUGAAUUAGACUGGAUGAACAUUUGAACAGACUGUUAAAAGACCAAUCUGCAAAUGUACUCAGUGUCCCGCUGGUCUCUGCUCCUGCCAACUCAGACCUUAUUUCCUACAAGGAACUUCCUCUUCCUCACCUAUUAAGGACUCUAUUCCUCUCCGCUCCAGCUGAGAGGAUUUUAACGAUGUCUCCAAACUGAUAAAAAACGUAAUUACAAGUUUGUGUUCAGUGAUUGCCAAGGACUUGCCAAUAUAUAUUUGGAUAAUUUCACUUAUUUAAUGCGUAUUUUAACUCAUAUGUGGUUUUGAAAGUCCUGCUUAUGAAUGCGUUUUACUGAUAGAGUUCGACCAGGACACCACUCAUUACAUCACUGCCAACUUGACGACACAGCACCGUGUAAUUUUUACAGUCCGUCUGUCAAAGUUGUUGAAUUUGUUCAGAGCUGAAGUGAGAUUCCACAGAUUAAGCUGCAGUGGGGCUCCAGUGCACAACUGUGUGGUGACAAAAAUCAUGCAGACGUUUUGUAGUUACAUUUUUCAUUGUUGAUCAGUAAAUCUGUGCAUAUGAAAACAUUUAAAAACAGUAAAAAUAAAAAAUGAAGGCAUGUACAAACUUUGCGCCUUACUUGGAAUAGUUUAUAUACAUUUCUUUGUAAAUUAAACAGCUCCUGAGGUGCACUUAUCACCCAAGUUCUGCAGAUAGGACAGGACAUGUAUAAGAUGUAACAUAUAUAUUUUAUAAGCAUUGACUUUGAAUUCCUUGUUGUUUAGAGUACUGUCACGUGGGAUGAUUCAGAUUUUUCCAUUAGAGGUUUACUUUUGGAGUCAGACAUGCCGAGUUUAAUUAUAAACAGAACUUUAACGGUGCAACUGCAUCAUCGUUUAAGCUGUGAAACUAGCUCACACUCACAUUCAAAUCAUAAAGGACAUUUGUGGCGGGUUUCACUUCAGUUGCCUAUUUUUGGACAUGUAAACGUCAGUGAGGAGGUUUGCUGAGCAGCGAGUGAAAGGCUUCAGUUGGUUCUGAACAGGACUUAAAAGAGCUCAUGCGGGGAAAAUGUUAAAAGCACUGAAAACUUUACACAUAGGUCACUGUGAAAGUGAGCCAGAGACGGAAGUGAGUACAGAUGUUCUAGGAAACAGAGACAACAAAGGGCUGCAUGAUAACUUUUAAAACUUUAGGCAAAUGGCAGGUGACUAUCAUAAGAAGAGUCCAGGCAGAAUGGAUUGAAGGAGACUUCAUUAGGAUGAGAACGGUAAAUUUAGAGUUUAAUUCUGCUCAUUCUGUUGAUGCUGUUCUAGAUGAAAAAUCUCAUCUCUUGUAUCCCUUAUUCAACCACAGUGAUCAUAUUUCUGUCAGUGGUGUUCUGCUGCCUCCUGUUGGCUCAAAUCUGUCAUUUCUUUUGACUUCAAACUGUACAAUAAUGAUUCCUCCAAAAAUAAUUUUUAAGCUGACUUGAAUCUAAUUAUAAAAAUAUUUUAUUAGGUUUUUUUUUUGUUAUACUGCACAGAAAAAGGCUCUUCUCUCACUUUAUUUUAAAUCCUCCAUUAUUAAACUGCAUAUUUACCAUCAGCCUCUUUGAGUGGUGAGCUUGUUGACUGAAAGAUCAGCUAAUCUUCCAGUUUGUUUUUAAUGUGAACAUUUCAGUUUCAGGCAUUUUUUGUGUCUUUGACUAAAUUCGUGUUGUAACUAUCAACAUCACUGUGUCUAGAAAUUGUGUACCAAUGUUUUGUAUUGUAAUGUUUUAUAAGGAAUUAAAAACACAGUUUUAGAA